AUGAGUCGCGAAACGAAGGAUCACAAUCUGGUCACCCAAUAUCUGCACUCUCGAGCAAGGGAAAUCCUUAAAUUGAUUCAAAAUGUUGCCAUUAUCUCGAUCGGCCCUUCGUUUGACCCUUCAAUAGGAGUAGAAAUUGCUCAGAAGCUGGCUUGGGUUUCUUUCUCGGAACCUGCGCGUGUGAAGGAGAUCGAGUCUGAGAUUAUCUCGGCCUUUAACCAUUUGUUCCAAGGAUCCUUGAAUGCCACUACAGAUGCAGCGUACAAAACCGCGUUUUGCCUUUACGCACUUCUUUCGGCCGUCCCAUCGCGCAUUAUAGAUGUUUUUGCGCAGAACACAGAACUUGUCACGUCUUUGGCACGCUGUUACGAUGCACCGUUGCUAUCGAGCUCACCCAAUGACACAUAUGCCAUAAACGCGAAGGUAUUAAUCCUGGAUUGUCUACAUAUCGUCUUCACGCAUCACCUCAACAAAAGAUCCAAUAUUUCCAUGGGCUAUCUCUUCGCGCUUCUCCAUGCCGUGUUAGAUCUCCCCUCCACUCCCAGUACAUCUUCCAAAUUUAUUCCCUUCUUCAAUAGACCUAUGCUGGGAGAUUACGAAGCCGUAUGGAAUUUGUCGGAUGAAAUAUCUCAACGUGCCACUGAAAGCUCGUUAACACGUGGUGUUGAGUACGUGGUGUCAGCUCUUCGAAUGAGAAAAGGGAACAUGGUAGGCACUGCCGGCACUGGCACCCCGCUGAGCGCACUUGCUCAGCAGCCAAGGUUGCGGACAUCGGCUACACUGCCGGCCGCACGGAGUGACGUAAAGGGAAGGGCAGAAUAUCAACUUUCAAUGUCGACGAGUCAGCCGUAUAUCAAGUGCUGGAUAUACUUCCUGACGAAAGCAUUGUUUUCGUCAGGAAAUGCCUUGCGCAUCCAGCGUUUUAUGGCCCAGAUGGCACUCCCAGGACGGGAGUUAGGAACAUCGUUCAGAACUUCGGAAAGCGUCCCGACCGUGAGGGAAGAAGCCUCUCUACUUGGUUCUCGCAAAAAUAUUUUUGACAGCGUGCCUAUGGACUUUUCCCGGCUUAGGAUCGGAAAACAACGUCCCGAUAUUGGAGCUUCCAUUGAAGAUUCCCAAGCGUCAUCGAGGGAGAAGUACGAUUUGAAGGCAGCCAUCCUUCGUCGUGCCCAAGAACUGAGCGACGGUGAGAGUGAGACGGGAGCGACGAACAUCCGUCGGUCACGUUUGACUGUCGCGGAUGGGGAUGGGUCCGAGGAGGGUACGGAUGGUGAGACAGAUGGACCUAGCGCCGCGCCUACACCCGCAGAGAGGAUAGAGACUAUUUUGGAGUUAGCAUACACAAAGGAUCCAAAAGUCUUUGACCGAAAUAGUGAGACACGGCGAUCCAAGGAACGAGCAGGCCUCAAAGCCGAGACGGGCUGGAGUGAUGAGCAACUAGAAGGGUGGCGAAUAAUGCUCGAACGUAAUCCUCGCCAAAAGGAGAAGAUGCUGGAACGGCACGAAUUUUCCGGCAACAUUUCAUUGCCAGUGACGGAAACGGAUUUGGGAGGGUCGGCAUCCGGUUUGAAUGCAAGCAUGAAUCGAGGGAGUGGACGGAGAGGCACCGGGAGGAGACAUGAUGGGGGACGCCAAUUGGACGGGAAUACGGUACGAGAUCGGGCAAGGAAGGAUCGAGCGGGAAACCAGCAGCGAAGGCGAGGGCACGACAGGAAGAUGGCACGCACCGUUCCAUCCGUAGGAUGA